UUACUACGCAGUGCGGGGGCGCGGACGAUAUGUCGACAGAGAGGGAGGACCCGGAGACAUUAUUGACGUUGUUCCAGGCUGUACAAGAAAAAAAUACUUCUCAUUAGUGCAGCAGUGAGCUUUAGAGCAAAGAAUGGGAAGCAGUACACACGGUGUUUGGUGUGCUGAAAGCCCGGCUGUCUCAAGCGAACAUCGAUUUUUGCUGUUCCGCGGGAUAUUCAGCAGGGACUAGCUUCAGGAAAGCGAGUAAGCUAGCAGCACAGGCUAGCUUCGCAGAGAGCUAGCUGCCUUGUUAUUGUGGCCCGAAACGAACCUUCCAGCUAGCAUCCGUCAGAGGAACACACGGGAAAAAUGGUGUACCUGUUAAAUCCUAUAGAGAACCUGAGAAGCUACAUCAACAACCGUCCACCUCUGGUCAUUUUUAUGAUCAGUGUAAGUGCGGUGGCCAUCGCCUUCCUGACCAUCGGUUAUUUCUUCAAGAUUAAAGAGAUCAAGUCUCCAGAGUUGACCGAGGACUGGAACACCUUUCUGUUGCGCUUCAAUGAGCUGGACUUUUGUGUGUCAGAGAAUGAAACGAUAAAGCACGGCCUGAACGAGUCGACCACGCCGGAGAGCAUGGUGGUGACUAGCGGCCAGGCUCGUUCCAGCACUCAGGUUCCCCUACUGCUGGAGGACUCGGGGCCCAUUAACAUCUCAGUCCCCAUUACCCUCACGCUGGACCCUCAGCGUCCGUUUGGAGGGUAUUCUCGCAAUAUCACCCACCUGUAUGCCACGGUGCUGGGGCAGCAAGUAGGCCUCUCAGGCCGAGAAGCUCAUGAAGAAAUAAACAUCACGUUCACUCUGCCCGUAUCCUGGAACUCGGACGACUGUGUUCUGCACGGUCACUGCGAGCAGGUGGUGUUCAGCACUUGCAUGACCAUCACAGCGGCCAGCAAUAUCUUCCCAGUCACAGUGCAGCCACCACACUGCGUGCCAGAGACGUACACCAAUGCCACAUCUUGGUACAAGGUGUUCACCACAGUCCGUGACUCAGAUACCAAGUACAGUCAGGACUACAACCCCUUCUGGUGUUACAAAGGAGCCAUUGGCAAGGUGUACCAUGCACUCAACCCAAAACUUACCGUGAUUGUUCCAGAUGAUGACCGUUCCCUCAUCAACCUUCACCUGAUGCACACUAGCUACUUCCUGUUUGUCAUGGUCAUCACUAUGUUCUGCUAUGCAGUCAUAAAAGGGCGGCCUGGCAAAGUGCGACAAACCAACCCUGACUUCUGUCCUGAGAAGGUACAACAGACACCAGCAGUGCUAUAUGACUUCAACAGGUGGCGUUGUCAGAGGGUUAAAAAGACAUCAGAGAAUGGCAGGACUUACCUGUAACAUGGACAAAAUUAGAGAAAGUGAAGAAAUUAAUUAAAAAAACAAAAACACGACUUACCAGUUGCCUAGUGGACCCUGGAAAUACAAUAAGGGACACAAAAGCUCUGUGAAUGCAUUACUCUUGCAAUGUUGGGUUUCUCCAACCAAAGAUAUACAAGUGCCUGUAUCUGUGGUGUAAAUAUUUCUAGGAACUCUUUGGGUUUUUUUCCCUUUUUGUUAUUUCUUUUGAUUUUUGCUUGAGCCCCCCAGUGCCAUGUCCAAACAUGCAGUACAGAAACAAAGCAGAAGGCCACAUCCAAGAGCUACUUCUUUUUUCUGGUGGUGAUUAGGUCUCACCUUAUCAAGCAUGAUAGACAGAAGUGUUUUAUCAAAGUGGUAAAUGUUUAGAUAUCUUAAGGUCAACUGUAAGCAAAGUGGUUUUGUCGCCCUGAUAACAAAGCGUGAUGUUUAAUCACUUGGAACAUGUUUAAGGAAACAGAAAAGCAGGUAAAUAAUGAUUAAAUCCUCAGCGUGUGCUCGCCAUAGCAGCUUAAGCGAGGAAUGGAAUAAAGUAGCACUUUUCUCUGCACCAAAUUUAAAGGUUUAAUUAAAAUUCUAGUUAGAAUCGGGUUCUUUAAAGUCCAUUCAGACAUCUAAGUGACAUUUAAGUGAUAUGAGUAAACACAAAGUAAAGAUUUUAGGUGAUUGCACUGUGCGCAUUAAUACGUGAACAGUGUCGACUGUAAACUUAAGAAUUUCACAUCUUCCUUUUACAAACUGCUUUUGAUUAGCAGUUAAAGAAUUACCAGAACUUCCUGGUGUUUGUUGUUGAAAUUUGUCACAUAUUCUUUUCUUCUUCUUCUUUUUUUUGGCCUUAUGCUUUCCUCUGUCAGUUGCUUCUUCACUCACCUGCCUCUUGAAUUUAAUUUGCUGCCAGUCACUGUGCAGCAGUUUUGAUGUUUAAUCGAGUCCUCUCUGUCACACCCAGGAGAUACAGAACAUUUGAUCUUGCCUUACCUACGGUGGACUUGCUUGCUUGAAAAUAGGCGUGGGUCAUCACUUUUGUCCCUUUCCCCACAUUAACUCUCCGCCCCCUUUCUUCCACAGCCAAAUAUCACAUUUUAUUUGUUCUGGUAUGACGAGCCUGUGGUUUGAAAUCAAGCUUGUGCUCUUUGUCCUGUUAUUGUAAAUGUCACGUGACCCUUGAGUUACUUUAUAUUAGACACUUUAGUUACUUCACCUUUUUGAAAUGAUAAAUUAUAUGAGUUGCACAUGUUCAAGUGUUUUCAUAGAUGGUGCACCUUUGGAUGUCUUGCACAUUUUGUUAUUAUCUCCUGUGAUUAUUUCUUUUUUUUGUAAAUAAACAAAUUGGCCUCUAUGUAAAAAAUAAAUAUGAUUAUUAUGCUGCUGCUCAGACGUUUACAUAACCAUCCUUGUUUGUUAUAAAGAAAAGUUUUCGUCUAAUAUAAUGUGAAAUGAUAAAUACUGUAAAUCAUUUAGUGAAUCCUUUGGUUAUUAAUAACUCAUUUUUAAUACAUCUAUGUAGGUGUUCAGAGGCCCAAUUUCAGCAACCAUUGCUCCUGUGCUCUUGGGACUCCAUAUAUAGCAAAUGCAAGUUUAUCAUGUUAAAAGUUUGAUGUUUCCGCUGUAUGUAAGGCAUCAGUCGCAGAGUCAUAGUGACUGAAAAAUGUGUACUCUGACUGGUUGGCAAGUGGUUUCAGGAAGCUGCUGGCUGAUGAUCGGUGAAAUUGAUCGCAAAGGGAGUGCUGCACCAGAACCUGGCAGAUCGCUUUGGUCUGCUAUAAGUUACAUGAAAUAGGAAGAUUUCACAAGGUGCAGCUUUUAGUUUGACGGUGGACUGUUUCAGUUUUCAGUUUGCAUCACACUGUUUGGUUUCACUACCAUUUGGCAAUUAGUUGUGUUUACAGACAUGUUGUUGUUCUCCAUGCAAACUACAGGCCAUUCUUUGAACUACAGGCCAUUCUUUGACUCUGCUUGCAACCAGUAAUAAUAGCAAGGUAGUUUUUGGUGUAGCACUUUAUACCUUGGUCCAGUUUCACCUAAUGACAGGCAGCCUCAGGCAAUCACUUGCUAACCAAUAAAAGAAUACGCAUUUUACUCUGGCAGCCAGUGGUUAACGAAGGUCACUACCCCUCUUUCAUACAACGGUGUGCACUACUCCCCCUAGAGGACAACUUAAAAUGCCCCCAAGCAGAAGAGAAAGAAGUAGGAGGAGUUGGUCCACCGCUGAGUACAUCAGAGUUUGAGAAACCCUGAAUGGGCAGUUUCAUUCAAUGUGUUUUUGUAAGAGUGAGGUGCUGCUGGUCUCUGAAGGGAGUAGUAAACACCAUUGUUUGUGGCCUAUUGCCACAGGAAAGUUCUUAAAACAGGAAAACUGAGUUUCAGAAUAAAAUUAUGUUUUUAAGGAGUCAUCCAAAGCACUCGACUAGCCAAGUAUGUUGCUUCUUUAGAUCCAAAAACCAGUGUGGUCAUGAAUGUAUAAUAAACAAUCGGCGUUUUACCAGGAUAUACUUUCAUUUGAGAAUAGAUUAUACCAUCAGAACAGAGGGACUAUUGCAACAUUUCUCAAAUAUAAAUAUGAAUUAAAUACGAAUGUACUUUUCUUUCAAAAAACAAGGACAAACUUUUGAGCAGCAGUGGGAAUACCAUUAUCAUAUUUAUCCAUUUAUUAUAUAUUAAUUAUUAAACUAACAUUUGUAUUAUUUUGAAUGACAUGAAACUGUGCAAAGACUCAUUUUGUGUGUGAAUGCAUGAGAGUGAGUUUUGGAUAAAGAAGUGUAGCUGCAGACUGCAAUUCUCUGAAAUCUCGUUCCGAGCGUCUGAUUUUUGAAAAGGAUACCGUCGCAGUGACAAAACAAGCCGCCUCCCCCGACUUCCACCUGCAAAACUUUCCAUCUGUUGUUGCUGGUUGUUUGCGUUUCUCUGUGAGGGCAGCACAGCAGCACAUAUUAGAUUUGCAAAAACAAAAAGACAGUGCUAUAUUUCUGUUGGUUUGUUGCAUUGGUCUGAGCUUGUCUAAAUGCGAUCUGUGUCCAGAGAAUUGAGUAAAAACCUUCCUAUGGUCUUAACAGAACAGAAGUAAAGAUUGCCUGUUUGUAAUUAUGUAUUUUGUUUCCUUUUCAAUAGAAUUACCGAUACUUUUACUUACCUCUGCUAUAAUUUUGCUCCAUAAUUGAUGUACCUGUUGAAUGUACUUUUUUUUUAUAAGCAGCGUAAUCGAAAUCUGAGAUGCAAGAAUUCCAAGUGAUUCAAAAAAUGUUAUAUAAAUAUAUAUAAUUUUUUCAGUUUGGGAGGCUUUACUUGAAUUGUGUUGUUUGUUUUGAUUGGUUUUCAUAGUGUAAGGUUUUCCCGUCAUGUUGUAUGAAACGCUGUACUUAACAUUUGCGUUUUUCGUGUGUAUGUCAGUGAAUGACUGGUUUUGGUUGUAAUGGUUGCGAUACCCCCCCCCACAUACACAGAAAAUGAUGCUAGAAAAAGUCUUCCUAAUUCUAUUGUUCAGAUGAUGAGCAUGGAUCUGUUGCGUUCUCUCAUCCAUCUAUUGUGCUCCCACCUGCUUUUGGUUUUUUUUGUUUUUGUUUUUGUUUUUGUUUUCUUCUUUUGGAAGAUCUGGCAGCUCUAAUUGGUCUGUUUGGGUAUGGAUAGGUAGCCAGGAUUGAUUUAAAGGAACUUGAAGUUGUGAAUGAAGCUGUCUUAACAUGUAUCACUUGCAUUUAGCUACUUCAUAUCCUUUUCUGUGCGAUUUUCACCCCCCUUCCGUGGGUUAAAUUUGCAUCUCUGAUUGCAAAAAAUGCCUUAACAUUGUCUUUGCUUCAUCUAUCACAUAUUGUAAAUCGCACAGGAAAAACUAAAGCAAAUCGUAACUAUUGUGAAGUGUACAUUUAAAGGAUUUUAAAGGAGCAGAUGCUUGCUGUUGUAGUUUUCAAAUUACUCCACUAUAUCACUAAUGACGUGAAAACAGUUGCGCCAUAUUCACCUUAAGUUGCACCAUGUCGCUGUGUAUGGAGGACUGAAACUGUCAAAAAAAACAACAAAGCUCAGUGAAAGAAAGUCUUAGUCAUGCAGUUUGCUGAGGAAAAAUGAAAUUUGAGAUGAAAUUGGUUGCAAAGACUUAUGCGAUGCUGCAUUACAAACCUUGCGGUUGCUUUGGACCCUAAUAGCAAACUUGCCACCUUACUGCUGGAUUUCUUACCAACCACAACAGGUUGCAGCGGUAAGGCAACUAAAGCAAUUGAAAGGUUUUCAGUGGAGUUUGCAAUCGAUUGUACCAGCAACCACUUGCCAACCAGUCAGGGAAUGCAAACUUUUCCCUAGCGACUGGAUAGUUGCCAGGUCUUUGCCGACCAGUUUCCACACCUUUGUCACAUCUAGAUGCCGCCUGAUUGGAGGGAGCAACAAAUGGCUAAAAAUAAGAAAAUAAAUAAAUAAGAAAAUAAAAAAAAGUAAAUUCUGAAACAGGUGGCAAAUGAAAAUUACAAAUAAUAUAAAUGGAAAAGCGAAAAAAGAGUGAAAUUACAGCAAAGAACACAAAAUGACAGCAAAAUGUAAAGAAAUCAGCACAUUUAACUAAACGACGCCUACAUUCAUUUUAAUUUGUUUCAUCUGUGCUGUUGGCAGUUUCAGGCUACCAUACUGGUGUUUUGUGUUUUUUGCUAUGACAUGACUCCAAUAAAAGGUGCCCUUCCUCCUCUCUGUCAUCCUUUUUGUCAUGUUAGCAGCGCUUACAGGCAAAUAUUAAGCCAACUCUGUGCCUUCUGCACUGUCGAGCUGCAUCCUCCUCCCUGUACAUACAGUAGAUAGGACCAUAGGUUUUAAUGUGGCUAGGAUGUCAUUCAGACCCUUUUCCUCCCCAGUGGAACUGCUGUAAAUGAAUUCAAGUUUAAAUAAACUGUCUCUGAAGUUCAA